GGUGUGGUCUUGCAUCGGAUUGUCUGUGCUGCUGCUUCAGAGGCACGAACAGCCGGGCUUACCAUCAGUGUUGGUUCGGAUCGGUUGUUGCUUCAAUCCAACCAGUACUGACAUUUCUCUCUGAAUAUUCAACCUAUACAUGUUUGCUGGUGGUUGCAACUGAUGAAUACUCCUUGGCGACUUUGUGGUGACCCCGCCUAUGGAUGCUUGCUGGCGACACUGGCACCGUCGGUUUCUUCGAUGGAAUGGUCUGCCGUGGUGUCGGGUCUCCGGGCCGGCUUCUAAAUCCGCGGAUAAAGAAAGAAAAACUGCACCACAAGUCACUCGAGACCGUCAAGACAUGGGAAAACACCAUCAUGGGCCAGCGCAAGAAGCGGUUGGCUGCCCAGGCCGAGCGAGAAAAGUCGACCGAGGAGGAGCGCAAGAAAGUCGAUGCGGCCUGGGAGCUCGUGCGGCAGGACGAACGGCGGAUAGCAGUCGAGCGGGCCCGGCGAAUGCAAUAUGUCGAGCAAUCGCGAGUUAAGGCGCUCCAUGCUCAGUUGCUCAUGUCCAAUGUGCUCCACGAGCGCGAGCAGCAAAUCAUCUACAAAGCGCAAGAGGAUGAGGCCGUCAAGACUGUGCGGCAAAUGGAAGACGAUAAAGAGCGACUGCAGCGAGAGUUGAAGAAUAAAAAACUGGAUGAAGCGCGGGAACAAGCUUAUUUGGCCACCUUGCAGGUCGCAGAGUUUCAGCGUCACCAAGCCAUCAAUCGAGAGAAUGAAGAAAGGCGGCUAAAGCAGGAAGAGAGGGAUUUUUACUCAAAAGUCAACGAGAAAGCCUUGCACGACGAGCGCAUGAUGGAGGAGAAGGAUGUCGAGAAACACCGAAAGCAGACCGAGGAGAUUCGACGAGGACUCUCGGCCAACAUGCGGGACAAAGAGGAAACCGAGCGGCGCAAGCGAGAGGAAGAGCAGCGCGUUGAUGACGGGAACCAUCGCUUUCACACCGUCAAGCUAUCUCUCAACAACAAACGCAAGGAUGCAGAGCGGACAAAGUUUCAGAUCCGACAGCAGCGGCUCGAGGAAGUUGCUCGUCAGCAGGAGGAAAUGUCCAAAGAGAAGGACCAGCGCAUUGACGGAUUUAUUGCCAAGAAUGCCGAUGCGGACUGGGGUGGCCAGAUCCAGAAAGAAAUCGAAAGGAAGAAGAAGACGGCCAAGAUGAUCAAGGAGAUUGAAGAGUUCCGUCUGGCACAGGUGAGACGAGCCUGGGUGGGGUGACUUGUGCGAAUGGAUAGAGGCGCGCUGGAACCAGAGUAUGGUUUGUCAGAUGGAAGCCGGAAGGA